AACAAAGAGUAUAUGAAGUAAUAGGAGUUUUUUAAUUAGUAUUUUUUUGGUUUUUGAUAGAUUAUCUUUUGAUUUAAAUUUUCGUUUAUUUUUUUCUUGUGCGUGAUCAGUGUGUUAGACAAACACAUCUAGACAAAUUUUUUCGUAUCUUGUUAUAUUCAUUGAUGUUCUUCAAAAGAAUUUUAGUUGUACUUGUUGUUAGUGAAUUAUUCACUAAUCUCAAACUAGUUCAUAGUUUUCACGCUAAAGAAAACAAACAAGAAUUUUGUUAUUCUUCUCUGGAUGUUGUGCAAUUACAAGAUGCAACAUGUUCUUUUCAUUCACUAUGGAGUUCUAUGGCAAAAGAGGCUCAUUCAAUAGCUGCUGCUAUAAAAAAAAUUGAUAAGGAUUCGCGUUUUGGAAUUGCUACUUUUGGAGAUAAAAGUUUGAAAAAUCAAAUUUUAGGGGAAUCUGUACCUCGGCGCUUGGGCAAAGAAGGUGAUUACUGUUUAAAAGUUGAAUUGCCUUUAGUAAAUAAUAACCCGAAAACGGUCCAUAAAAUUUUCGAUGAAGUCGCAUCUGUAAAAAAUAGAAAAGGUGGAGGUGGUGAUUGGGACGAAGCUGUAUUUGAGGCUAUUUAUCGUUUAGCUUUAACAAAUAAAAUUCAAUGGCGCGAUUAUAAAUCGCCAGAUGGAACAUACGUUUCUCGUGUAAUAGUUGUUGUAACGGAUGCUAAAUCGCAUAUGAAGGAUGAUGUCCAAGGCAUUUUAGGAAAACAACUUCCUGCUUUUGAAACAAUUAUUCAAAGAAUAAAAGCUAGUAGCAAUGAAAAUAUUGAUUGUUUAUCGGUAGAAUACCCAGAUCAUAAAGAUGUUAUGGAGUAUCUCAAGAAAAAUCACAUUUCGAUCGUCUUCUUAAUAGCUCGUGGUGAAGAACUUAAGGCUAAAAAUAUUCGGUUAGGAUCACGAUGGAUUAAUAGAAGGAGGCCUACGAAUAAUGUUGCUAAGUGGUAUAGAGAUAUUUUUGCGAAUCUAGAUUUAGAUGUUCCCAUAUAUGAGUUCGAUAUGCAAGAGUCGAAUCUUGCAUCAAGUUUUCAAUCGGUUUUAGAUGAAUUUCAAAAAAAGAUGUGUAUCAAAAUAGCUGUUGAAUCGGAUAGUUACGAAAAAAAUACGGAAGUGCACGAUAGUAGCGAGUCUGUUGAGAAAAACCCCUUUCGAAAUUGUAGUACGGAAGAAGAGCAUUAUCAAAAUUUUGACAAUACAUUAUUAUUCGGGAAGUUUAUUCUACAUAAUAUAACCGAAAACGGAACUAUUUCGCUGAGUUCAAGAAGAAAAAUUAUAGAAAGUAACCGAUGUCAAAGUCAAACAUUUACUGUAGAUAACAAAAAUAGUACAGAAAACAGUGGACAAGAUGAAAAUACAUUGAAAAAUACGCUUUGGGAGUAUAACCAAAGCCAUGAUGCAGUUAAUGAACUAGGUAAAAAUGUUUCAGACGACGAAUUGAAUUCAGUUUCGUGUGGCGAAUUAACAUGCAAUAAGAAAGAAAAUUAUGUGGAUAAAGAAAACCAUGCUUUAAAUAAUUCAACAUUGCAGACAUAUAAUACUUCUUUGAACGAGUUCUCAACUUUAGGAACAUCUGAAACGUUAAAUACCUCAGUUAGCGGCAGUGAAGAAAAGAUACAAAAUUGUUCUAUUUUCCAUUCGAGUGACUGUGCUAAUUUAGUGGAUGCAUUAGAAACUGCUCCGGACCUCGCUGACGAAGUGUCUACGAAGUCUAUCAAAGUAAUAAGACCAAAUUUAAGUGGAGGUACUCCAAGAUUGUCUGCUGAAGAAGUAUUAACUAACAACGUUGAACCUGCAUUAGUUGAGAAAAUCAAUGACGUGCCAAUACAACCGGCUCAAAAUGUUUUAGAUGGGGUUACUGAUGAUGUAACAAAAAAACAGGUUGAUAACGGAACAGCGACGUUUAUUGAUAAUGUGAGAAGUGAGCCUGCUGGUAAGGUGUCAACAGCACCUAUUGAAAAUGUAUCCACAAAUUCAAUUGAUGGUGAGAAAGCUAUGUUUGUUGCCAAAGCGGCGACAGAACCUAUAAAAACUGUAUCAACGGAGCCAACUGAUGAUGUGGGAACUAACCUAGUUGAUGACAAGUCAACAGAACCUACUAAAAAUGGAUCAACGAACUCGACUGAUAAUUCAAGAAUUGAACUUGUUAAUAAUGAAACUGCAAUAUCCAUUUAUAAUGUGGGGGUUAAUUCAACUGAUAAGGUUGUAAGAGAACCUACUCAAUAUGUAUCAAGGGAACCAACCGAUAAUUUGAGAAUUGGGCUUGUUGAUAAUGGAACUGCGCCAUCCGUUAAUGAUGUGAACAUCAAGCCAGUUAAUGAAGUUUCAACAGAACUUAUUGAAAAUAUAUCCACAAAUCCAACUGAUGGUGAAGAAGGUAAGCCUGUUGACAAGGCGUUGACUAAAGCAAUAAAACCUGUAUCAACGGAGCCAACUGACAAUGAUGAAACUGAGCCAGUUGGUCAUAAGUCAAUAGACCCUACGAAAAACGUAUUAACAAAUAAAAAUGAUAUUGAGGAAGCUAAGUCUGUUGACAAGGCGGCGAUAGAACCUACAAAAACUGUAUCAACGGAAACAACUAAUGCUGUUGAAACUGAGCUAGUUGGUGAUAAGUCAACAGACCCUACUGAAAAUGUAUCAACAAAUAAAACCGAUAUUGAGGAAGCUCAGCCUGUUGACGAGGCGGCGACCGAAUUUACAAAAACUCUAUUAACGGAGAUAGCUGAUGAUAUAGGAACUAACCUAGUUGAUGACAAGUCAACAGAGCCCACUGAAAAUGGGCCAACGAACUCGACUGAUAAUUCGGGAAUUGAGAAUUUUGAAGAUAAAAUAAUGCCAUCUAUUAAUAGUGUUGGGGUUGAUCCAAUUGAUAAGGUUGUAAGAGAACCUACAGACACUGUAUCAACAAAGCCAACUUAUGAUAUGGAAACUGAGUUUGUUGAUGAGGCACCAAAAAAAUUCACGAAGAAUGUAUUAACGGAGCCAACUGUUAAUGCGGCAACUAAAGUAGUUGACAACGUGUCAACAAAACCUACUGAUCGUGUUGAAAUUGAGCCCAUUGAUAAGCCGACGACGGAACCUACUCAAUAUGUAUCAAGGGAACCAACCGAU